GUUGCCAUGUCCGGAGACUUCAUCCUCGCCGUCGCCUCCAUCCUCAUCGCCAGAAUCAACAACGACGACGUCACGAUCUGCCUCGGCCAGGUGCUGACCGACCUCGUGCAGGGCGAGUUCAUGCAGCUGGGCUCCAAGGAGACAGAGAACGAGAGGUUCACGCACUACCUGACCAAGACCUACAGGAAGACCGCCAGCCUGAUCGCCAACUACCUGAAGGCUGAGUCGAUGCUUGCCGGGGCGGACGAGGGUCUCACGGAGCUGGCCUUCCAGUACGGCCGCAACGUCGGCCUCGCCUUCCAGCUCGUGGACGACCUCCUCGACUUCGUGGCCUCGUCGUCAGCCCUCGGCAAGCCGGCGGCGGCCGACCUCAAGCUCGGGCUGGCUACUGCACCUGUGCUCUUCGCUUGUGAGAAGUACCCAGAGCUGAAUGCCAUGAUCAUGAGGCGCUUCCAGGAGCCCGGCGACGUGGAGCAUGCGUUCGACCUGGUGCACAAGUCGCAGGGCCUUGAGCAGACGCAGUUCCUGGCGCGCAAGCACUGCGUCGAGGCCCAGCGCUUGGCUGAGCGCAUCGCAGAGUCGCCGUACCAGAAGGGUCUGCUCGUCGUGACCGACUUGGUGCUUAACCGCAUGAAGUAGUGCGUAAUAGUCUGAACCGAAUGUAGCCAACUCGGCUCCAAGCUUGGGCCGCUCUCUGCCACCGUCUCCGCGUCACAGGGAAGUACUUGGAAAGCUGAGCACCCGGAGCUGCCAGUACUUCUUGAGUCGUGUCCGAAAUUAAACAAGUCUUGGAGAGACGGGUCGGGCGACCAAGAGACCUAGAGGAAUUGAACUUGUGUACAUAUUUUGAUGUACCGUGUAUGCCCCGACUGGAGUCUGAUGUCGGUUGGGCAAAGCACAUUAAUCCGUCCACUUAACCAUGAAAAAAAUAUGCAUUAUAGCAACUGCAAGCGAGCUGGGCUGAUAUUGCAUGGUUGUUUUGUACUUGUGAACAACGCGUGUUCGGUGCUAAAGCUCUUCUAUUAACUGUUACUACCAUGUAUUUAUUGUCCUGCAGGGGGUAGCACAAUUAUUACCUUCUAUCAGUAUCUCUCCAGGACUGGUGUUAAACUCUCCUGUUUUGUUCAAAAAUUCUCUACAAAAAUGUUAUGAUAUUAUUGUGUUGCAAUUUAAAAAUAUGGGCAAGCCUAUUUUGAAUUUGUUUUAGGACAAUUUUCUAAAAUUUGUUAUUGUUAUGGUUGAGAUUUGGAAAUGUGCUGUUAUCUUAAGCACAUGCUUACAGAUGGGUAUGUUUAACACAUAUCAUGAACUGUACAGGGUGAUGUAAUUAGAGGCUUUUGCGUGUGAUAAGUCCUCUAUCGUUUAUGAAGAUCCUUUUAUUAUGUUUGCUCAAUUUGCUGACAUGUUCAGUAUGUCGUUAUUUUAUAGAACUUCAUUACUACUGAGGUACCAUUAUUUUAUUACAAUUAUUGUUAUGUUUUCAUACUGGAUAUAAUAAUUCAGAUAUGGUCAUGUAAGGUAUACAGAUUGAGACCAAUACAAACUCAUCAGCUAUUUAUUGAUAUCCAUCAAAUGUGUCACUUACUUGGCAAUCAGUUUCAUUACAAGGCCUACUCAUUCUCAUCAAAUUUUACUCAUGAUCAAUUCUUAUGUUUCCAUUAUUCAUCACAUAAAAUCUUGUAUAUUGAAA